AUUCGAGAAACGGAAUCGAAGAGCGAGAGAGUGCGAAUUUCUCCGAAAAGCCCUAACAUUGUUUGGUUGAGUUAAGCAACAACAAUGGCACUGUCGCAGUGGAAGGAAGCUAUACUCGAAGGGAUCUUCAUGGAGAUUGAGGAUGGUGUUGUGGAGGAGAAGAAUCUCGAGCGGUUAGAGAAUCUAGUGGAGAUUCUACACAAAGAAGGUUCUAAGGUACCCGAAUCAGUCAAGGAAGCGUUUUGUAAAGUUGCUGUGGAGUGCACAGCCAAGUGUCUCGCUUUUGAGAAAGAUGCAAAAAAGGCUUAUAUUGAAGCAAUCAGAUCGAUAUGGGUUUGUAGGAUUAUGCCUUUAUGUGAUAAGGUUAGUUGUUUGGUUACUAGUGACCUUUUGAAUAGCUGUCGAAGAUUAUGGACGGCCCACAGUGACGAAAAGACUUGUAAGAGUUUGAUGGAUGAGAAUACGAGAGACAAAGCUUUGGUUAGUUUGAGGAAGGUUGUUUCUGAGUUGAAUCCCAACCUUGUUGCCGAGUUGAAUCCUAAUAUGGAUGCAUCGGACGAGAUUGAAACUAGUGAAGAAUCUGAAGAGACAGAGUCAAUGGUCGAAGCAAGAGAGAAUGAGGUGAUUAAUAACAGUAAGGCGUCUGAAGCUAUGGAUGAAGAAAAAGAUACUGAACCGGAAAGAUCCACUUCUGGAGGGUCAAAAGCUGAACCUUUGCCCCAUCGAUACAAGACCAUUUCAUCUGCAGUUGUUGACAGAGCGCUCAGAAAGCUUAGAGCUAGUCAAAUGGAGCUGAUGGAAGCUUUAGGAAAAGGAGGACCGUCAAAUUUAAACAAUGAGUCGAUUACAGAACAAGAAAAUGAUGUUGCUAAUCCUUCUGAAACAAACGUUUCACCAAGGCCUAGCUUGAUGGAGCGACGUACCACAGCACAUACUUAUGAAUGGGAAGACUCCAUUGAUGAUUCCGAUGGAGAACCGGGCGAUGAUGGUGAAAUAAAUAAUAAAUCAAAACGUAAAAAAAUUGUCAUGUCUCCUUUGAAGAGAAACCGAAGUGCAGAAGGUGCUAGGAGGAAGAAAGUCCCGUGGUGUACUGCAGAAACGCUGGCCGUACUAAAAGGCUUUGAAAAGUAUGGUGCAAACUGGAAGCGGAUCAAAGAUGAGAAUCCUAUUCUAGUGCGUAGAACUAAUGGCGAUAUUAAAGAUAAAUUUCGAGUUGAGAUGAGGCGUGAAGAGCGCCGUCCUUGAGUAGGAACUGGAAUUCUGGAGUAGGCAUCAGACCUUUCUUGUCUAGACGAGUAACAACAAGAGCUGAACAAUGACAUAUAUGGAAUGUAAAAAAACUGGGUAACAUUUUGUCGCCUUUGUCUUUAAGACAGGUAAAAGUUGUGCGUAUGAUGAUGAUAAUAUCUAGUAAAUCGUUUUGUUAACCAAACUAGGCUCCUUAAUUAAUCUAAUAACAGUUCAUCUCAGUUUAUAUCAAAGCUAUUAUGGUUUUUAUUGGCUUAAUUAAAACUUAAGAAACAACAUUCUGUUUCUUGCUUGAAACAAGCAAUCAAAAGACAGAUUAACCAAUGAUAAAUGUCUUGGAUCCCAUUUGAGCCUGGUGUUGUCUAUUUAAUGUUUAUAUGUAUGUGGUUGAUCAAUUCCAGAGAAAUAUCCAUAAUGUACUAACUGUAUAAAUGGUAGAGGUGGGAGAUGAGCAUUGGGAAACAGCAGCAAAACAGUGGUCCUCAACUUCUUCUUCUUUAUCACACAACACAGCGUUUAGGUUCUGAAAACUUUCUUUUUAUCUGCUUUUCCUCUUUAAUCAUAUCCUCUUCUGUGUCAGUGUUACUUUCUCUCUCUAGCGAUUAUGUUCUUCAGGCUCCAUUUUCAUGUUUCCAGCUUCCCUAUUCAUUAUGACUGGAACCCAUGGCUGCUAAGUACUUGAUGGGUUUCUGACUCCUCUCCGUGUGCCUCUUGUCACUACACUCUUGGCUUUUUUUUUUAUUAUUUUUGCUCUAGUACAUUUGUUAUUUCCCAUCUUUUUCAUUCUUGCAAUAUGACUCAUUACUAUUGACCAAAGUCGAUCAAUCCUAAUCUAA